AUGCGGCGACUAGUGUCUGGGCACGUCCUCGUGUUGGGGGACUUCAACGCAAAGUCCAUUGCGCGGGGUUCCCCUGCGACGGACGCCAGGGGCGAAGCCGUCGAGGAGUGGGCGGCGUCGGUGGGCCUUUGUUUGCUGAACAGAGGCUCCACCAACACGUGCGUGCGACAGCAGGGGGGGUCGAUAGUGGACCUUUCGUUCGCUACCCCUGCAGUCGCCGCACGAGUAAGGAACUGGUGUGUCCUGGAAGAGGUCGAGACGCUCUCGGAUCAUUUGUACAUCCGAUUCGAGCUCUCCCGGUCCCAGGACCCCAGUAGGGGUCACGCGGCGCGGCGCCCUUCCCGCUUCCCGCGGUGGGCUGUCGCCAAGCUCGACAGGGACCUACUAGAGGAGGCGGCCAUUAUUCACUCUUGGCUGUCUCCGCAGGCCCCGACCGAGGAGGUCGACAUGGGGGCUGGUCGCUUCUGCGAUGCGAUUACGCAGAUUUGCGAUGCGGCCAUGCCCCGCGUCCGUGGUUGUCGGCCUCCAAGGCAGGAGGUCUACUGGUGGUCCCAGGAGUUGGCGGACCUCCGUGCGGCCUGUGUACGUGCCCGGAGGUCCCUCACCCGUAGUCGGCGACGUCACCGCGGGGUCGUUGAGGAGGUGGACCGGCUUCAUGAGGAUUACCGAGAAGCUCGGAAAACUCUGAGACUGGCCAUCUGCCGCGCCAAGGAUGCGUGUAGAGAGGAGAUGCUGGAGAGUCUCGAGCGUGACCCGUGGGGUCGCCCUUAUCGUGCGCGGGCGGAGCACACACCCCCGUCGAUGGCUGCAUCAGCCGGAGACGACGGGGGCAGCGAGGUUGAUGUUCCGCCCGUCAGGGAAUCCGAGUUGGGGGCGGCUGUUCUACGGAUUCGAUCCAAGAACACCGCCCCCGGGCCGGACGGGAUUCCAGCCCGAGUGAUGGCCCGAGCCCUCGACUACAUGUCGGACCACCUCAGGGGGGUGUUGGACGCUAGCCUGGCGUCCGGACGCUUCCCUGAGCGCUGGAAGUGCGGGAAGCUGGUCCUGCGACAGAAGCCGGGACGGCCUGCCGAUUCGGUCGCGGCCUAUAGGCCUAUCGUGUUGCUGGACGAGGCGGGUAAACUUUUGGAGAGGGUGCUCUCUGCCCGCAUCGUCCGGCACCUUUGCGAGGUUGGCCCCGAUCUGUCGGACGCCCAAUUCGGUUUACGAGAGGGGCGUUCGACGAUCGAUGCCGUGAUGCGCCUUAGGGUUAUGACCGAGGAGGCCGUGAGCUGCGGCGGAGUGAUGUUGGCGGUGUCCUUGGACAUCGCCAACGCCUUCAAUAGUCUGCCAUUCAGCUGCAUCAGGGAAGCGCGCCGCUACCACGGAGUGCCAGAGUACCUGAGGCGGCUGGUGGCAGACUAUCUUGAGGAGCGAACCGUCAUGUACGAGGACCGAGAUGCCGUCUUGAGACGCAGGGCCAUGUCGUGCGGUGUUCCGCAGGGGUCUGUUCUAGGACCUCUCCUGUGGAACAUCGGGUACGACUGGGCCCUACGAGGGCGUCUCCCCCCCGGGCUGGGUGUAAUCUGCUACGCGGAUGACACCUUACUCACGGCCCGGGGGGCUAACUUCCAGGAGGCGGCACGCCUGGCCGCCACGGGAGUUUCCCAGGUGGUCGGGCGCAUUGAGGCGUUUUGA